AUGUUUCAGUUCCAUCUGGCAGACUGCUGCCUGCCAUGCGAGACACGUCAGCAGAGAGGUCAUGAUGGGUUGAAAGCGGCGGAGCAAGACUUUGCCAAUCGGAAGCAGCAAGUUCGUUUUAUGGCUCUCGGGCAGCAAGUGUGCCUUUCUCCUGAAUCGACCGUUGAGCAAGCCAAGCUUAGCGCAGGUUCAACCAUUUUCGUGGCUUCCUUGAGAAAAGCGAGUGGAAAACGACGGGAUAAGGGUGAGGUGAAAGUUGAGCAGUUGGAGGUUGCUCCUACUCCUGCAUCUGCAACUACAGUUCCUCGCCUUUCUUGUUCCCUGUCUCCUACUGAUCCUGCUGCUACACCUGCUGAUUUUACCACCGCACUGGACCCUACCAAGCCCAGCAGCAAGGAAGAUGAGGGGCACAUGAUAGGAGCCCCGACAGGGAUUGGCGGAGCAGAGAAAGCAAGAACCGAGGACAGUCUAAAGCCGCUUCAGCUGCUGUCUCGAGCGAACAUGGUUCACUUCCUGGACGUGACGAGUGGGUGGGAUGAGGAUCUGUGUGUGUGCUGCUUUGAGCGUGCACUGAGCCAGCGAGCACAGCGAGCGCUUGCGAUCAAAGACCUGGAAGAAUUGCGUUGCCACCUGCAGGAACAACAGCCUCAUUCCAUUCCCGCUGCUCCCCCUGAGCAGCAGCAGCACCACCAGGCCGUUUUUAAAUACUCUGAAGGGGCAGCAGUGCAGGCGCUACAGGGGAGACACGGACUGUCGUCUCAAGAGCAGUUUGCGUGGAAGGUGGAAAGGGCGCCUCGCCUUUGUGCAGAAAAGAUGCUUCUCGAGUGGAUGGCUGAGCCUCGUGUGGGCGUGCUCAUGGACCUGGGGAGGAUCAGAUCCCGCCUGCCAGCUAUUUUGUAUUCUACAACAGCUGCUCCAGUUGCUGUUUCUUCUUCUGCUCCUGCUGCUGCUACUGCUCCUGCUGCCCUUGCCGCUGGUGCCCCUUCUGCGGCAUGGUCGGGCUGCUGGCGCUGCAGCAGCUGCUGGUCUGCCUACCGCCGUGCUGUCAGCUUCUCCACAUUCCUCGUGCUUCUGGCGAGAUCCCCCCGCCUUGUGACACUAUGGAAAGCUCACGUGAUCUCGUUUGAGUCAAUCUGGCCAGCGAUUGUGGCUGAGCUGGGGGCGGGCAGGCAGGAGGAGAAAGACUGCUUUGCGUCCAUGCUGGUGCAGGUGCUGGGGGUGAAGGAGAGUGGUGAUCUGAAGGAAGGGUUUGGGUUCUCUGUGCAGCAUCUUCUCUCGGGGGGGCUGGAGAAGGAGCAUGCAGAGGGGAGGAGGGGAGCUGGAGGGAAGGCUGCAGAGAAAGCGCAGGGGAAGGGGAAGGGGAGAGGUUCGGCUGAGGAGAAGGGUGCUGAGAAAGCACAGGGGAAGGGGAAGGGGAGAGGGCGGGCUGAGGAGAAGGGUGCUGAGAAGACGCAUGGGAAGGGCAAGGGCUUAUGGCAGGCGUCACAUGGGAAGGAGGAUGGGAGACACGGAGAGGACGAGGCAGAGGGCAAGGCAGGGGUCAAUGGGGUCGCUGAGAAGUGCGGGAGGGUAAGGAAGGAGUUGAGUUGGAAGGAUAAAUUGAAGGGACCUGUGUGGGAGAGGUAUGUGGAUGGCUUGGCUUGGAUUUUGGAGCAUGGAGAGGGGAAAGGGAGGGAGUUCAGUUGCAGCCACUGCAUUGAGGGCAGCAGCAGCAGCGUGAGAUGUUCUGGCAGCAGCAGUGCUCCGAAGGGUAUGCAUGUGAGUGGCAUAACUGCAACCGAUUUUGCCCUUGCUGUCGCCACAGUAUUAUCUAAACCAGAGCACUGGAAGGAUGCAGAGCUGUUUUUGCAUGAUGGCAACACUGCGAGCAAGAUGCGGGUAGAGAGUGCCGCUAUUCUGGUGGCCAGGAGGAGGCUGCUGCAGCAAGGCGUGAAGCAGAGAAGUGGGAUGAAUGGAGGGGCAGGAGCAGGUGAAGAGGGAUCUGCGCCUGCUACUGCUGCUGCAAGCAUCGAUAUGAAUUCUGAAGUCCUGCCUGCCAUUAGGCUCGUGCCUGUCAACACGAAUUCUGUGGUUGCUGCACUCACGUACCGGGUCGGUUGCAUCUCGCAGUGGGUCCGAAUCUACGGCUCAGAUUCCAUCUUGGAGAAACAGUGCUUCAAGGAUGGCCCUCGGAUCAACGUCCGCCCCAUGCGCCACCCGCUUCGGGACCUUCCGAGCCUUCUGGUCAGGUUCGGCGCCAUUCCCAAGCCUUUGGAAGAAAGCAGCGCUGCUUUGGAGUGGGAAGAGUGGCCUCAGGGCGACGAAUUUGCUGUGAAUUUUCCUAUGAACCGAAAGGAGAGGUGUUUUGGGCUUGGGAUUGUGGAGGAGCAUGGAGAGGCGGCUGAGAAGCUGACUCAGCACCCUCCUCAUGACACGUCUGAAGCAGCAAGGGGCGGCAGGAACGCAAAGGAAGAAGGAGCUGAUGCAGUAGGCCAAGAAAGUGGUGAGGAAGCCCUACAGCGCAUGGCGCGUGGGGUAGUGGAAGCAGACGGGGGCAGCAGGAGUGCGAGGAGGAAAGUUGCCAGGGCAGUCGAGAAAGGAGGUUGGGCGGAAUCCAUGCAGAGCAGAGCGCGUGAGAGAGCUGAAGCACGUCAAACCGUCGAGAAGAGAGCAACGAUGCUACCGCCGCCCAGAAGGAAGCUUCCCAUCGUUCGCUGCCGGGCAGAUGUGGAUUUCCUGGUGGGGUUCGCGGGGUAUUUUAUGAACCCUCCUGCAUGCACCCACUGCAGCACCUGCUUCGGGACUUUGAUGCAUUCCGUGUGCAUCGCUGCUCUCAUCGCCAACUUUGCCUACCGCCCCGUGAGCCAUCUGUUCUCCCGCGUGCUCUUGGUCUUCCCGCCAUCCUCCCCUCGCUUUGACGAGGUCGUUGAGUGCUUGGACUUUCCACUGCGCCUGCCCAGGCCCCUGAACCUGCAUAUGCUGCUGAGGCGAGCCGAGCAGGUGCCUCUGUACUUUCUCAUUCGCAUGGCAGCGUAUUUCUCACAUUUUCUUUUUGGGAUGGGUGAUGAGUUUGAGACAGAGUACAGCGGCAGAGGGCAGGCGAAGCAGUCCAAGGUGCAAGGCCGCUGGGAUGGUGAGGCGGAUCAGCAGAACGGUGGAGAGGUGUGGGAGGAGGUGCGGAUGUGGUACUCCUCAGCAAAGGCUGCAUGGAGGUUCGAUGUGGGGAGUGCGGGAGAGAGCGAGGAGUGUAGAGGCGGGAGGAACGGAGAGAGAAGGGCAGCGGAGCGUGACAUGAGGUGGGUUCUCGAGGCAGCAAUCGCACCGAGAGAGAUGCUGCUGGGGGAGCCGUGCUACUGCCUUGCCUCCCCUCCCAUCCUUGCCGGCUCUUCUGCCCCUGCUGCUGUGAGCACCCAUGCUGCUGCUGCUGCUGCUGCUGCUGCUGCUGCUGCUGCUGCUGCUCCAGAUGUGUAA